CGCCGGUCGGCCACCAAGAAAUUUCCACUGACUCAUCAGAGCCCAACUUUUCGGUGCGCUUUUGCAUCGUCCUGAGCUUUCACCCCUCUUCCUUCCUUCCUUCCAUCCCAAGAACAAGAGCGACGAGUGUGGUGGAGUUCAGUCCCGCCAUGGCCGCCACCAAGCACGCGGAUUCGUUCGACGAGCGUGAAGUCGCCGUCGUCGACACCGGCUGCGUCCGCACCGUGCUGGGGGAGCUGGUCCUCACCUUCCUCUUCGUCUUCACCGGAGUCGCCGCCGCCAUGGCCGCCGGGGUGCCGGAGCUGCCGGGCGCGGCUAUGCCGAUGGCGACGUUGGCCGGGGUUGCGCUUGCGCAGGCGCUGGCGGCGGGGGUGUUGGUGACGGCGGGGUUCCAUGUCUCCGGCGGGCACCUCAACCCGGCGGUGACGGUGGCGCUGCUGGCGCGCGGGCACAUCACGGCGUUCCGGGCGGUGCUGUACGUGGUGGCCCAGCUGCUGGCCUCCUCCCUCGCCUGCAUCCUCCUCCGGUGCCUCACCGGCGGCCAGCCUACACCGGUUCCGGUGCACACCCUGGGCGCAGGCAUAGGCCCCAUGCAAGGCCUGGUCAUGGAGAUCAUCCUCACCUUCUCCCUCCUCUUCGUCGUGUACGCCACCAUCCUCGACCCGCGGACCACGGUGCCCGGCUACGGACCGAUGCUCACCGGCCUUAUUGUCGGUGCCAACACCAUUGCGGGCGGCAACUUCUCUGGGGCGUCCAUGAACCCUGCUCGGUCUUUCGGGCCUGCGUUGGCUACCGGGGUGUGGACCAAUCAUUGGAUCUAUUGGGUUGGCCCAUUGGUCGGUGGUCCGUUGGCCGGUUUUGUCUAUGAGAUGGUCUUCAUGGUGAAGAAGACGCACGAGCCUCUGCUUGGUUGGGACUUUUAGGAAAGCAAAUUGCUCGCAUACUUGUAAUUGCAUUUUGCAAUGUAUACCGGUGUGUAUAAGACAAUCAAUGUUGCUGAUAGAUUUGUUUCUAGCUAUAUAUAGUGUUCAAAUGGUUUGUAAGGAGCAACUACAAAAGAUGUUUUUUUAGAGGGAUGGGGUUAGAAGCUUUGAUUAAAAGGCUAAUAAUCAGCUGUGUAAAUAUAUUUGUUUGGAAAUCACUGGAUCUUUUGGGCC